CAAUGAAGGAGCAGUUCAGGGUUGGAGGUGAAAGGCUGAUGUGUGGCUGUGGAUCCUCCCAGUGCCGAUCUCCGGCUCCCGGUUUCCAGCUCUGAUUAUGCUGGUGAAGCUGCACCGACUCGGCAGUGUGAUUGUGCUGACAGCUGCUAGUCGCAGGCUCGGUUCAUUUUACUUACACUCUGGAAGUGUCAUUAGAAAGUCUGAAACCAUUAUUCAGGCAAACAUGAAGGUUGAAUUGUUGCCAGCACUGGCUGAUAACUAUAUGUAUCUCCUCAUUGAUAAUGAGACCAGAGAAGCAGCAAUAGUGGAUCCAGUGGAGCCACAGAAGGUAGUUGAAGCAGUCAAAAAGCAUGGAGUAAAACUGACCACAGUUCUUACCACACAUCACCACUGGGACCAUGCUGGAGGUAACAAGGAGCUGGUAAAGAAAGUACCAGGUCUUCAGGUCUAUGGCGGUGAUGACCGGAUUGGAGCUCUCACUUGUAGAGUGACACACAAGAAAACAUUCCAGGUUGGCUCUUUGAAUGUGAAAUGCCUGUUUACACCCUGUCAUACAUCAGGACAUAUCUGCUACUUUGUGACAAAAGAGAAUAGCAGUGAAGCACCAGCUGUAUUCACUGGUGAUACACUAUUUGUUGCUGGCUGUGGGAAAUUCUUUGAAGGAUCUGGUGAGGAGAUGUACCGUGCUCUGAUUGACAUUCUCGGCAAAUUGCCAUCUGAUACGAGGGUGUACUGUGGGCAUGAGUAUACCAUCAACAAUCUCAAAUUUGCCCAACAUGUUGAACCAAACAAUGAAGCAAUCAAACAGAAAUUAGCUUGGGCAAAGGAACACUAUGAUCUUGGAAAACCUACCAUCCCAUCCACUAUUGGAGAGGAGUUCAGUUAUAACCCUUUCAUGAGAGUGAGGGAGAAGGAUGUACAAGACCAUGUUGGACAGAAAGAUGCAAUUUCUACAAUGGAUGCAAUCAGAAAAGAAAAAGAUCGAUUUCAAGUACCAAAGGAUUAACAAUGGAAAGUAUUAACACUUACCUCCAGCACAGCAUCAUCUAGUGUGCCUGGAGUGGCAGUGUGCUGCAAAAUAUGUGUUCAGUAGUGAAUGUUCCAUUAAAUAAAUUGAAUUUGCUUUGCUGGUGGAAUGUGUAAAAUGUAAAUAGAUUUUCAUGUGUUGCAAAUCAUUUAUGAUUGUCAAAAAGUUUUCCCGUGGAUGGGGGUUUAGUCUUAUUGUGACCUACUUUCUUCCAUUUCUCUCUUUCAUUCCCCCUUCACUUAAAUGCACUUCCAUUUUCCAAGCGCCAAGCAAAUAAUUGCAUUGAUAUUCAAGCAGAACGUUGCAAUUUGAAAUCCCAGCAUUAACUUGUCACUUAAACUUGGCAAUCAUGUAUUAUUGAGUGAUGAACACCAAGCAUUUGCAAAGAAUUUCCAUUCCCAGAGAUGGGGGAAAAGAAAUGUAACUGCAGCUUGCCCCACUCAAAUCCAUUAUAAAUCCAUCAUUACGGAAACAUUUUGAAAGUGACUGCAGCCAAAUGUACCCAUAUCCUGCUGGGGAAAGAUUUAUAGAGAAGGCUCACCACCAAAAAAGGUCAGUGGGGAAACACACCCCUGCUCGAAGGAGUGCUAAUUGGCUGGAGGUGGACCUUCUGCCCCCUUCUGGGAGGAAGUCCCACCUCCAGGAGCUCCUGGUCAUCUGAUUGGUUGGCAGCUCUCUGGUCCCAGCAGUGCCAACAGGAGUGGUGCCGCUGCUGGGACUGAGUCCAAUUUUAGCGAAGAGGAGCCAAGAACCAGAUAGAAGGUGAUUCCAGAAAGCUUUUGGAAGGGCUAGAACCGAAGACCCCGGGGAGGGGGUUGGGGGGGGGGUGCUUAGUAUCAGGUGCAUAGGCCAGAUGGGGAGGGGCUAUCUAGUUGAGGAGCUUCUGAUCCAAAAAGGGUCUGUGGAGGAGGUACCCCCACCCUCACACCUUUUCUGCGCGGGGCCUGAGAUCCCUGCACGUUUACCCUGCCAGGCUUCCUCCCUUCCCCCCCACCCCCCCCCAAGCCCUCAUCCCCAACCUCUAUCCUGUGGCCAAAUAAUUGCAGUGUGGAUGGGAAAUGGUCCUUAAGUGGCCGAUUAAGUGGUGGAGUGCAGAUGUAGCACCCUAGGCCUUGCCCACUGCCCGUAAAAUUACAGCGAGGUUGCGGGUGUGCAGGUUGGCAGCGGGAAAAUCACCUGCAGAAUUUUACUGGCCUCCCACCUGCAAACCCGCCAUGGGGUCAUAAAAUUCUGUCUGUGAUGUUUAAAAAAACUCUGUUAACAACAAUUGAAUUUAGAUGCAGGCUCAGGCUGAAUUUGGUCACUCUAUUUUUGGAUAUGUAUCAUUUCUGCCUUGAAGUGUCUACUCCAUCAGACUCUCAUUUUGACUUUCCACCACACAAUCCCAUUUAUUAUUUUCUGAAUUUUGAAAAUUGUGAAAUCCUCUUUAAUAUUAGAUCAUUCUCCUUUCAUGUAGUUAUGACUGAUGGUGGUAUUAAAUGGGAAAUGUUACAUUGUCGUUUAAUGAGUAUAACAUUUUGAUUUAGUUUAAGGGUAGGAUUUACUGUCAGUUAAGAAUCUGUUCAUUAGAAGAAUCAAAACUGAAAACAUUAAACAGCCUGCACCCUGUCAAUUGUGAAAAGCCCACAUGAAGUUGGGAACAUGAACACCAGAUUUGUUUCCCUCUCUUUGUUGCACCACUAGGAUCAGCCUAAUAUACUUGUGUCUUUCUUAACGAUAUAACAAUUUCUGUUAUGUUACGCAUCACAUUUAAUCUUCGCCUCCUUCCUUGAAGGUCUUCAAUUGUGUAGAGGAUGUGUAUUUGGGAAUUCCUUUUUGUAAAGUCAAGGGCCAUGAGGGAUGAGUAAAGAAUGCGAGAACCCAUUGUGAUUGCCACAAUAAAAAUAUUUAGUGAUCCCUCUCAAAGAUAUGAUCUAAAAGCUGAGGCUAAACUAGAGAAUGAUGCAUUGAUUUAAGAUUUUAACCAAAAUUAACUGCUGUGUGUUGCAGAUUGGUUCCCUGCAGACUUGUAGCUAACAUGAUUGAAUUUGUUCAUGUUAUACCUUGCUUAUUAAUCCAGAACCUUCCAUCUCAACAUAGAAGCCUGUGUAGGCAGUCAAUAAUGAGACAUUGAUCAAAACAAAAAGUGAUUGCAAAAUGUGAUGUUGACUGUGCAACAUCAUGUUUUCAAAAUUAUUCCAACUCUUUUGUUAACAUUAGAAUUGGGAGAAUGACUUUUGUGUCCUGAUCCCUGUUUCUUGGCUUCCUCUAGUAGAAUCUCUUUACCAGUAAGCUUCUCAGUUGACAAGUGCACUGUAUACCUGCUGAUUGCGCUUUUGUUUUUAGCAGCGUUCUUGGAAUUGAAGUGUUAAUUUUGCACUUAGUAAAAUAUAUCGAGAAAAUAAAA